AUUGAUUUCCAAUUCCUAAAGGAACCCAGAAUAAUAAAUAUCCUGCGUGGCGACCUGGUGAUAAUUGACAAUUGCAAUUUGCGACGUCAGACAGACAUCAGACAUUAGACACCAAGCCAAGAAACAAUCCGACCAAUUAACUACUCCGAUUAGAUACCCGACAUACCUCGAAUAUUACAAUAUUACUCACUUUCCAUACGACCACGUGCCUACUAUAGAAACACAAAAACAGGACACAACAGCUGUAAUACAAAGACGUAAUCCCCUCAAGACCGCCGAAUAUCCAUCUUACCGUCGCACGGAAUCCACGAAGAGUCAUACUAAGCCGGACAACAAACUGAUUUAACACCCCGCCAAACAACCACCAAUUCCACUCACCUCAACCCUCAACCUCAUCUGAACCACCGCCCACGCAUAUUUAGCCGGGUCCUCCACCCCCACCACCCCGCAACCAUGAAAGUGAUCUCGAAAGAAGAAGAGCAAGCGCACUACGGGCAAGUCCUGCGCGGGGGCUUCAUCGGCGGGUCCCUGGGGCUCACGGCGGGCGUAGCAGGCGUGAUCUUCGCGUCGCGGCGGUACCCGUCCUUCCGGUCGCUGACGGUCCCCUUCCGCGCCUUCCUCGUCACGUCGACGGGCACCUUCGGCGCCAUCGUCAACGCGGAGCGGUACUCGAACGAGUUCCACCGCCGCAACAACCCGAUGAACUUCUACGUCGACGAGGCGCAGCGCACCGCCGAGCUGAUCCGCCAGAGCGAGACCAGCUGGCAGCGCUUCACCGCGUGGGGCCGCGAGAACCGGUACUCCAUCGUCUUCGCGUCCUGGGUCGCCGCCAUGGGCAUUGCUUUGGGGAUCGUCGGUCGGAACAAGUAUCUUACUACCAGUCAGAAGCUCGUCCAGGCCCGUGUGUACGCGCAGGGACUGACGCUUGCCGUCUUGGUUGCUAGCGCGGUUUUCGAGACCGCGGAUGCGAAGAGUGGUACCGGACGGUGGGAGACUAUCAAAGUUAUUGAUCCGGAUGACCCCGAGCAGAAGCAUUUGAUCGAGAAGAAGGUCCACAAGGAGGAGUACGAGGGCCAGGACUUGUGGAAGGAUAUGGUGGCCGCUGAGGAGAAGCGGUUGAAGGAGCAGAAGGCGCAAAGGGCGCAGAAAUAGAUGGUUGCAUAGUCUUUACGUACUGGUCACUAGAGCAGAGGGGGACAGUGGGAGGAGACAUAAUAUCUUAACGAAAAGAAUAGUCUGGACUACUAGGCCAGUCGAAACCCUCUUUCGCGGGAAUAGAAUGGGGGAUAGAGGGGUUUGACGUUCAUACGUCCUCGAUUCCACAUGUUUAAUCACCUGCAUAUUUCUCUUAGAUCAUUGUACCGGAGUUUGGGACUGCUUCACGCGGUUGGGCUUCAUAUCGAAUUUUAAAAAGUUGUUCUCUUCCUCUCUUCUCAUCGGGUCGACUUCAAUUCGUGUACAAAAACGACCCCUCACCAAAAGCAAAGACGAGCAAGAAAGUAUUGUUACUUCCUUUGCUUUUGGUAGACGAGAUUCAAGCCAUCAAGGUUUCUGAUCACGAUUCCUACAUUUCUCUCAACCGCAACCACGAAAUAUCGGAAGAGGGAUCGGACCCAAGUACCGCGGAUUACAUAGACAGCGGCGAUCC